AUGUCAGGACCGAGGCCUGUGGUGCUGAGCGGCCCCUCUGGAGCAGGGAAGAGCACUCUGAUGAAGAGGCUAAUGAAGGAUCACGAGGACGUCUUUGGAUUCAGCGUGUCACACACAACGCGAAACCCUAGACCUGGAGAGGAAGAUGGAAAAGACUACCACUUCACAACAAAAGAUGCCAUGGAGGAGGGAAUUGACAACGGAGAGUUUAUUGAAAAUGCUGAGUUUUCUGGCAACCUGUAUGGAACAAGUAAAGCUGCCAUAGAAGACGUGCAGGCCAAAAACCUAAUCUGCAUCUUAGAUGUGGACAUCCAGGGUGUGAAGAGGAUUAAAGAAACUGAUCUGAACCCCAUCUACAUCUCCAUCCAGCCUCCCUCCAUGGAGGUCCUGGAAAAACGUCUGAGGGACAGACAGACAGAAACAGAGGAGAGUUUACAAAAACGCCUGGAGGCAGCGCGCAUCGAUAUGGAGCUCAGUAACGAGCCCGGAGUGUUUGAUGUUGUUAUCAUCAAUGAUGACUUAGAGAGGGCUUACGAAGAGCUGAAAGAUAUCCUCAGUGACGAUAUCCAAAAAGUUCAGGAGGCCAAAUCAUAGGAAGGAAACAGUCUUUCUGCUGCUGGAUAGAAGAACCAACACUUGAGACGCUGGCCUGAAUAACUCCAUCUUCACUGACUGCAAACGCAUCUGAAAGAAACUUUCUUCUUGAGAAAAGUUUGUUUUUCUUUCACCCUCUAUGUUAUAUGGUCGGAGGUUUUCUCACUUAUGCUAAGAUGGAAAAGAGGGACUCUGAAUUGAAAGAUGUUUUUUUCUUGACUAGGAGAAUGGGGGUUUGUGUUAGAUUUAGAAAAAGCAAUGGGUUGAUUUCUAGCAGUGAACAUCCUAGCCCAUACAUCUCUGCCAGCUUGCUCAGACAACUGCCACAUUCAGUGCUACAUUUGGUCUAUAUAAGCCAAAGUGUGGAGUACACAUCAGUACCACCAGUCAGCUACUCACAGCAAACUACUUACACCUUCAUUUAUUUGUUUUGUUGAAUUCUAAUACAGUAUAAAUAAAUUCACUCAUAGUUAA